CCUUUGCACUUUAAAUACGUCACCGAGUCAUUUCUUCCGUUACUACAAAUUUGAAGCUUUCUACUUUCAUCUUCCAGCUUCUUCUCCUGCUCCUCGUUAUCAAGUUGAUAUAUAAGCAGGGAUAUGGCGGGGUGGUGGAUAAACGGUGGCGUCUGGACUAUGAUGAUGACUAUAAUGGCCACGAUGCUCAUUUCUUUUGUUCAAGCUGAAGAUCCCUACCGUUUUUUCGACUGGAGGGUCACUUACGGCACCAUUUCUCCACUUGGCAUUCCUCUUAGGGGAAUCCUGAUAAAUGGACAAUAUCCAGGACCCGAUAUUUACUCUGUCACCAAUGACAAUUUGAUCAUCAACGUUCACAACGAUCUCGACGAGCCCUUUCUCUUAUCUUGGAACGGUGUGCAACUGAGGAAGAAUUCUUACCAAGAUGGGGUGUAUGGGACGACUUGUCCAAUCCCACCGGGCAAAAACUACACUUAUGCCAUCCAAGUCAAAGACCAGAUCGGUAGUUUCUUCUACUUCCCCUCCCUUGCCGUCCACAAAGCUGUCGGUGGUUUCGGCGGUUUCCGUAUUCUCAGCCGUCCUCGCAUCCCCGUCCCUUUUCCUGAACCCGCUGGAGACUUUACCUUCCUAGUCAGCGACUGGUUUGAACGUGACCACAAGACUUUGAAGGCACUUUUGGAUAGAGGACACAAGCUACCUUUGCCUCAAGGGGUUUUGAUCAAUGGCCAAGGAGUCAGUUUUUCUUCUUCUCUCACCGUCCACAAAGGUAAAACAUACAGAUUCAGAAUAUCGAACGUAGGGCUUCAAAACACUCUGAAUUUUAGAAUACAAGGUCAUCAGAUGAAGCUCGUCGAGGUUGAGGGAACCCAUACAGUCCAGUCCAUGUAUACCUCACUCGACAUUCACGUUGGACAGUCUUACUCCGUCUUGGUCACCAUGGACCAGCCUGCCCAAGACUAUGGCAUUGUCGUCUCCACAAAAUUUGUCGCAAAAAAACUCUUGGUCUCAUCCACGAUCCACUACUUUAACUCAAGAAAAACCCUCUCAUCAGCUUCCGUCCACGUUGAACCACCACCUACCGAUGAACUAGAUUGGUCUAUCAAACAGGCCCGGUCCAUUAGAACAAAUCUAACUGCGUCUGGGCCAAGGCCUAACCCUCAGGGAUCGUACCACUAUGGUCGAAUCAAAAUAUCUAGGACUUUAAUAUUGGAAAGCUCAGCGGCACGUGUGCAUAGGAAGCAACGCUACGCCAUAAACGGGGUGUCGUUCGUAGCUGCAGAUACCCCGCUUAAGCUUGCGGAUUACUUUAAGAUAAAAGGCGUAUUCAAAGUGGGAAGCAUCCCUGACAAGCCGAGAAGAGGGGUAGGGAUGAGAAUGGACACGUCAGUGAUGGGAGCACGCCAUAGGGACUUCCUUGAAAUCGUAUUUCAAAACCGCGAGAAGAUCGUCCAAAGUUACCACCUCGAUGGAUACAGCUUCUGGGUUGUCGGGAUGGAUAGAGGAGCAUGGUCAAAAGCGAGUAGGCGAGAGUAUAAUCUGAGGGAUGCUGUGUCUCGGUCCACUACUCAGGUGUAUCCAGAAUCUUGGACAGCAGUAUAUGUGGCACUGGACAAUGUGGGGAUGUGGAACUUAAGGAGUGAAUACUGGGCGAGGCAAUACUUAGGUCAACAGUUGUACCUCCGAGUUUAUUCUCCAGCUCACUCUCUCAGAGAUGAAUACCUAUUGCCUAAGAAUGCUUUGUUGUGUGGCCGUGCCUCCGACAAACACGAGCCCAAUACCACUCCUUAAAUCGUAAUGACUAUAUAUGGUCAUACAUACCAAUCGUGAAUGGAUUAGAUUAAUUAGGGAUGUAUUCUUAUUAGAUCGAGUUCUUCAUUCUUUUAUAUUUCUAUAGAGAGAGAGAGAUAUAUGUUUCAUAAAAUUUUAAUGUUACACCCAAAAUUGAUAAAAAAGUUUGACU